CGGGCGGCUCCCCCCAGCUCCCCCUCCCCGCCGCCGCCUCCGCCCCCCGCCCCGUGACUCGGCUGCCUCCCGCGGGCGGCGGCGGCUGCCGGGCGGUGUCGUGCGGACCCCCCGCGCCGGUGCGGGGACUAUGAAGCACCAUGGUGUGGUGUGACCGUGGCGUCCAGAUGCUGCUGACCACUGUGGGCGCCUUCGCCGCCUUCAGCCUCAUGGCCAUCGCCAUCGGCACCGACUACUGGCUCUACUCCAGCGCCCACAUCUGCAACGGCACCAACAUCACGACGGACGAGGCGCAGGGGCCGCCGCGGCGGGCGCGGGGCGACCUCACGCACUCGGGGCUCUGGAGGAUUUGCUGCCUCGAAGGAAUCUACAAAGGACAUUGCUUCCGAAUCAACCACUUCCCUGAAGACAAUGACUAUGACCAUGACAGCUCAGAAUACCUUCUCCGCAUCGUCCGCGCCUCCAGCGUGUUCCCCAUCCUGAGCACCAUAUUGCUGUUGCUGGGAGGACUGUGUGUCGGAGCAGGGAGGAUUUACAACAGCAAAAACAACAUUAUUCUCAGCGCUGGGAUUCUCUUUGUUGCCGCAGGACUAAGUAAUAUCAUAGGAAUCAUUGUCUACAUAUCAAGUAAUGCAGGUGACCCAAGUGACAAGCGAGAUGAGGACAAAAAGAAUCAUUACAACUAUGGCUGGUCUUUUUAUUUUGGAGCCUUGUCUUUUAUUGUGGCCGAAACCAUAGGUGUUCUGGCUGUGAACAUUUAUAUUGAGAAGAACAAAGAGCUGAGGUUUAAGACCAAGAGGGAAUUCCUUAAGACUUCUUCCAGUUCUCCUUAUGCCAGGAUGCCAAGUUACAGGUACAGGAGGCGGAGGUCCAGAUCCAGUUCUCGAUCUACAGAGCCUUCUCCAUCUAGAGACAUUUCUCCGGUUGGCAUGAAGAUAGCAAGCACCAUUCCCAUGAACGAAAUCUCCAUGUACACCCUGUCCAGAGAGCCCUUGAAGGUCACGACGGCUGCCAGCUACAACGCAGACCAAGAAGCCAGUUUUCUGCAGGUUCACAACUUCCUUCAGAAGGAAUUUAAGGAAGGACUCCAUGUCAACAUGGUCAACAGGAGAACGACACCUGUUUGAAGCACCUUCCUUCCUCACGCUUCCUGAAGAAAUACCGAAACAGAAUGGAUCUGUCGUGAAAGAGAAGGAGUGACGUUAAAAUACCCUCUCACGUCUUUAACUGUGGCAUGUGUUGAGGUAGCAAGUGGAGAUCCUCUGGACCAACAUAAAGAUAUUACACGCCCGUAGCUUUUUUUGAAGCUAUUCGGAGUUUGUUUCUUUGAGUUCUUGGUGUCACGAGAUGAAGGCGGUUCAUGUCCCUGCGCUUCUGCAGUGUGUACAGAGUCUUGGAGAAACUGCGAAGGACUUGCCACCGGUGUGUUUUAAAGGAUUACAGAAAAAUUGUUGUAUGACUUUCAUUUUCUUUUCUAAUAUUGCGAUCCCUUAAUACAAACUCGCAAACAUAAUUUAUAACCAAGCCCAAGGAUGGAUACGAACUGCUCAUCAAGUGAGCCACUUUGACACAGCAUAAGCUUUGCCUCUUUCCAAAAAAAGAAAAAAAAAAAAAAAAAGAAAAUAUUUUUGAAGGCAACACUUUGUAAAACUGACCUGUGCUACCAAACCGUAGAGACCCCGCGUACUGAGCAUUAUGGACCCCCGAUGGGGCGGUGAGGGGUUCUCCCGUUUCGGGGUGCAAGGCGUCCCUCGGGGCAGCGCGGGCUAGGGACAAGAGGGUGGGUGCAUCUUGAAACACUUAGGAAGGGAAGGAUUAAAGUAGGUGGGACUUGCGCAUAUUUGCAAAUAUCAUCUCUUGCCUAACAUUUAGAAAACUUGAAUUCUCAUUUCGACUAGCCCUAGUGCCUGAUCUGGCAAGGUGCUGAGUGCUGUCUGUCAGGAGCCCCUAUAGACUACGUAUAGCCAGAGUGAGAUGCGGAGCUGAGCCGGGGCGGUUCCCCACACCGCCGUUCCUGUUUUCCUUACCGCUUCACAAGUGCAACACUAACGCUACUGGAAACUAAGAUAUCUCAGCAACGCGUGUGAGCAAACCAGAAGCUAAUACGUUCGGACUAGCGAAUCUUCCUGCAGCAAUGGGAACCGAGCGUCAACAGAAUGGAUGACAACUUUGUAUUUUUCAAAACAGAACAAAAAUAAUCACCGUUUAUGAGAUAUUUAUUAAACUCUUUUUAUUAUGAAUAAGUGCCGCAUGGUGCAAGGUAUAGUUGCUUUUGGAUGGAAAUGAUGGUCGACCUAAUUUAAUUUAUUUUGUAAUGAUGAAUCUACUUACGUGCAGAGAGCCCAGAGAAAACUCUAUGCAUCACCUAAGGGGGGAACGAGUUUGUACCCUUUGCUUCUGUAUGUUUCUAAAAAAGUCUGAUUUCUUUUUUUUCUUUUAAAUUCCUCCUUUCAGUUUUUACCCUUAGGCUUGGAAUCUCAACGUUUGAGGGCCCGACUCAAAGGUAACUUGAUUUAAUAGUACCCAUGUUGAAUUUAGUGACCACUCAACCAAGCCAUACGAGAAUGAGGUGCCCAAUUCCCCUUGGAUGAAUUAGGUGCAGUGAGAGAGGAGCAUCUAAUUCCUGUACAUUCCUUUGAACACACCCGUCAUCUUUGCUACCAGAAGACUAGAGGUGACAAGAAAACAAUUGUUUCGACAGCUUACGUCAUUGAUGGUGGGAGAUCUCAGCCAAACUGCUAAAACCUCUUUAGUCUUAAAUUAUCCAGCGAUGGCCACAGCGUCAGACAGUCAGUGGUCUUUUGGAUACGAGGCUUUCAGCUAGUGGAGCCAAGUCCUCCCGAGAAAUCCCGGAGGAGCUGCCUUAACAUCCCAAAAAGCAAGUUGAGCCCUCUCUGCCCCUCCUAGUAAAGCCCACUUAAGCCUCUCUCCUUGCAAGAACUAAGACAUAAGUCUCAAUAUUAAGCAAAAGUCUUCCCCUAGUCGCUGUUGAGCUCUGCCCAGCCCUCAGCCUGGCGGAGCGACACCGUUAUUCUGGCAGAGGUGGGUUGGAGCCUUCAUCCCUGCUUAUCAAGAGUUUCCAUUCAGGUUAAAACUCUGCUGGAAUCCUUUUUCAAACCUCUGAACUCUGAGAGCUAAAGAGAAUGGAGUGAUGGGAAUGAUUUAAAAGUAGAAAAUGUUGUGCUACUUUCUGUAUCAACACACUAUGGAGAAAGAUAUUACACAAACUUUUUAAAAGAAAAUUUAAACCUAGGCAGACAAGAAAACUUUUAUACCUACUUUUCGGCUAGGACAACAUAAAAGCGUUCUAAAAUUAUUAAAGUUCUUGAUGAAAGGUUUUUUUUAUAAGAAUCUUUAUGCUUUCAAACAAUAAAUUAUUUCCUACUUUUUGAGACUUCGUAAUAUUAAAAUACUUUGAUUAGCUAUGAUAGAAGUAGAAGUUUGCAAUGAAAAAAAAAACCUUCUGUCUCAUUAGUGUGUCAUACUAAGUGCUAAUUAAUUUACAUCUAAUUAUAGUUGAUGUAUUUUUCAAGUGCAAUUUCCCAGAACUAUUUGUUUCCCACCGUGUUAAUAAACUAAUAGUUAGAAAUAAGUCCUCAUCCGUGUUUACUGUAAUUAAGAAUAAAACCAUUCCCUUUAAAACCAGGAGUUAGAUUUAGGCUGUUUCUCUAAACUCAUGUACAUUGAACUGGAAGUCGACAGUGUGAGGUUUUGCUUCGCGCCUUGGUUUUGUUCUUUCAAUCGUCAUUCUCCAGUGACCGUGUUUAAACCAACCAUCUGAUCUAGCCCAAGUCUAAGAGCCCGGGUCAGACCUGCAAAGGCACAUGCAGUAUUUUCACACCACAUCAGCAAAAAAAUGGAGCUGUAACGGGGAAAUAUUAUAUUAAUGGGAUGCUCAUGGGAUACGGGUCUGGACAGGGAACAAAGGCACAGGGAGCAAACAGCGACCAGAGUUUCAUUCUGCGGGAGAAUGGGGGCUGUGAUUUCAAACUCAUGCUCUAUGUCUAACUGCAGUGAAGCAUUUUGUUCUACCAAAGCAAAUUAAAAAAAGUGGUUUCAUUUAAAAAUUCCUGUUUCAAAAAUCCUCCAAAUGUCAGUUUUCUCCUGUGGAAAACUCUGAUUCUGAUAGAACUGAAAAAUGUGCAUCAUUCCUGCCCAUGAACAGUGUCUUGCUCCAUGGCUGAAUUAUCUGAACAGGAUUAGAUUGUGUUGAGACUUCAAAACCACUCAGUGAUAGGUUAAAAUAUAUAUAUAUAUAUACUUAUAUAUAUAUAAAAAUCCGUUCUUCCACAUCUCUCUGGUUAUCCCUGGACAGCAUCCAACACAAAUUAGCCCCUAUUUCUCAACAAGGCCUGCAGAAAUAAUCAUCAUCAUACAACUCACAAUGAUCAGUCUUUUGGUAUUAUCCUACAACAGCAGACCUAUAAAAACAAAUGCUAUUGUUUCAGGUUUGAUUUUCUGAGAAACAAAGUUUCAGGUCCAGCAUCAGCUCUCUCUUCCUGGUUUCUCAUACACAGCAGAAGUAAAAUAAGAAAUCACUCCAUAUGCCCGUCCAUCUAACAAUGAACUAUUUUUAUAUUUCCUUUUCUUUCUGUACGGAUCACAUAUCCACAAGGGCUAAUAUAUCAUGUCCCUUGAGGUUACAUUUCUGUCUGCAGUUCUAAAGUGUUAUUUCCACUGUGCUUCAGUUCUACUGGUAUAAUCACAACCAUGUAUAAUGUACUUAAUCCUUACUUUUUAAAUAAACCAUUUUAAAUGUA